ACCUUGUCUGAUGUGAUCAUUAACCUUUCUGGAAAAGGCAGCUGGCAGUUCUCUGAGGUUUGUCAUUAGAAUGUGAGAAGAGCCACACAGAUACUGCACAGGCUGUUCACAGAAGUUUGAUUUACUUUGAAAGCAACUGCUCCGUUUUAGUGUAGCAGAAAAAUGAGAUUUCAACAAUUCUUCUUUGUGUUUUUAAUUUUUGUGAUGAGUCUUCUUCUUAUCAGAGGACAGAGACCAGCUAAUUUGGCGAUGAGAAGAAAACUACACAGACUCAGCUGCCAUCAGAGGAGAUGCAUUCCUCUCCAUUCACGAGUGCCCUUCCCCUGAGAUCUUCUCUUGCUAACUUCAUCCCAUCUGCCAGAUGAAGAGGAGCAGAGGAAAGAUAUCCACCCACCCACAAAAUAGAGUGCUUGCUUAGAAGUUCCUGUUUGAAAAGGAAUUGUUUGAAAGCACCUGGGAUGUCUUAUUAGUUUCAAAGGAUUCUCUUCUUGUUUUUUAUAAAGGGAAAAUAACAAAUUCAAAGGCAAUGACAGUUUGAAGCACAGUUAUUUACCUGUAUAACAGACAUCUCUCAUCUUUUCUGCACAUUAUAAUUCUUAUGUGGGUUAAAAAGAAAAAUACUUUGUAAUGUCUUAGGACUCUAUAAUAGUA